GUAAAAUCCAGAUUAUUUCAGAUUUCGUCACUAACCAUUUGAAGAUGGCGGCUGUGCAGGGCUUCACGGAGAUGGCGCACCAAGUGGGCGGCCACGCUACAGCCAAAACGAGUCUGAAGGCCUACAAUGGCCGCAUCUUGAAACCUUUCCAGAGUAAGCAAAGGGGAGAACGUGAGCGCGAGUUCUACGAACGCGUGUUCGCGACUGAGAAGGAUUCGCUCGAGUUUGCAGCAUUAAGUAAGUUCCUGCCGAAGUACUACGGCACAGUAAUCGUUCCCGAACCCGAGGACGGCCAGGAGACCAAUGGUGUGCACCCGGGACAGUAUUUGAUUCUGGAGGAUCUAACGUGGGGAAGAAAGUGGCCUUGCAUCAUGGAUGUCAAGAUGGGGACCAGAUCUUACGAAGACAAUGCGACAUCCGAGAAGAUCGCGUACGAGAAAUCCAAGUUCCUUUUGCAGGAGACGGUGGGGUUCCGUAUCCAGGGCAUCAAAGUAUUUAACCCCAAGAAGAAGGGCUACGAUGAGUUCGACAAGCAUUUUGGUCGCGGUAUCUCGUCGGUGGGUCAGCUCGCUCCAGCUUUCCGUAGCUAUUUUCCAGCGGAGGAUGCCAAGACCAUAAAGUUGUUGGAGGCGUUCUUGCGUCGCCUUGGCCAGUUGAAGGCGUGGUUCGAUGAGCAGCGAGGGACCGAGUUCAUCGCCAGUUCCUUCCUCUUCCUCUACGACGGCGAGGAGUCACCCAACGACGACAAAACCGCGGCAGAGGACUUUGGAGCCGAAAUCCGCCUCAUCGACUUUGCCCACGUAACGAAACCAACUUCUCCUAAGCACGACGAAGGACUACGAACGGGUAUUGCCACUUUGAUCAGUUGUUUCCAGACCCUUCUAAACCAAGCACAAACCUAG